AUGCUUGUUCGCGAGUACAGGAUAGUGAUGCCUAUGACUACAGCAGAGUUCCAGAUUGGACGGGCGUUUGCCUACAUGGAGACGGCUCGAAAACAAACACACAAAGGAGAAGGAGUGGAAAUCUUGCAAGACGAGCCAUUCGACAACAUUCCACUUUGUCACGGGCGCUACAAUGAAGGGCAGUUCACCCACAAAAUCUACCACCUGAGAUCUAAAAUUCCAUCAUUUGUCCGACCUUUUGUACCGAACGGCCUCACCCGGAUUCACGAGCAUAGUUGGAACAGCUUUCCAUAUCUACUGACAGAACUCUACGCUCCUGAAUGGGACGAAAAUCGGGAAAAGUUCAGCAUCCGAUUCGAGACACUUUGUUUGGACAACAAUAGAGGAAAAGAUGAAAAUGCUUUGGGACUGGGCAGUGAUAUGCUGAAGCGCCGUGAAAUCGUCAAAAUGAACAUUGGGGAGGACAAUACUAAUUUUCGUUCCAAACGCGCAAAAAGAGGGCCUCUGGUCGGCAACUGGCAAGAGAAAUGUAAGCCUUGUAUGUGCGUCUACAAAGUUGUAACAGUUAACGUCAGGACACACUUUCCGGGAGCUGAAAAACUUGUCGAGCUUGAACACCGCAAAAUCAACGCCAAAUUCCACCAGCAAAUCUUCACUUCUAUUGACAGCUGGUUUGGGCUGACUUGGGACGAGGUUCGAGAACAGGAAGUGCAACUUCGCACAGAAUUGGAUACGCAACGUGCAGCUAGUUUGGUCACCGCUUCUUCUCGUUGA